ACGACAUAGAUUAUAACUAAAUGUUCUAGAAUUAGAGGGGACAACUACUCACCUCUAAAAGAUGCGUUAAAACUACGAAGAUGACAAGGAACGUUGACUACGCUUCGCACGAACGACCUAGCUCUUCUUCUCCUCCUUCUCCCUCAACCGUGCACCCACCGGAGCUUCGCCGGAGACUUCCUUGGGCUGCUGCCUUGGCUGAAACAAUGCAAGAAAGGAGGAAGAGAAAGACAGAACCUGAUAAUAAUGACGUAGAUGAUGGUCAUGAUGGUAGGGGACAUAGGAAGUUGAAGAGGAGUAAAAAGAGGAGUGUUGGGGAUGAAGGAAUCCAACAAUUUGAGAUAACUCAACUGAGUGCCAAACUCUUGGCUAAGGAGUUGAAAGGCCUUGAAGCAUAUGAUAUUCCCACAUUGAGCAAACCCUACAUUCCUCCUCUAGAUACUUUUUUUGAAGAGAUUGUGGAUCUUAAUCAAUAUGGAUGUGAUGAGGUAGUCGGUAAUGGCUCAAAGGGGUAUAUUGAAGAUGAUGAUGAAGAAAGUGAUUAUGAAGAUAGUGAGAAAGAGAGUGGUAACAGUGAAGAAGUUUCUUUAGAUGAAGAGUCACAUUCAGAGGAGGACUUUGAUGUUGGUGUAACUAACACUGAAGACAUAAUGCUUUUUGGUGAUCCUGAAGACGAGGAAGAGAGAGCGGGCCAGACAAUUGUGAACAAGAUGGCUAAGGUGUAUAAAACAGGGAGCAAUCACAUCAGCCUUGAGGACUCAUCUAAAUACACUAUAAUAUCAGACAGGCAUCAGGCCAUAGUUACAGGGCUACACAAUGUUCUUCCAAAGGCUUCUAGAAGGAUAUGUGUGUUGCACUUUUAUAAGAACUUUGCCUCAAAGUUUUCAGCCAUUGCUUUACUUCAGGAUGCUGCUUAUGACUGGUGGAAGUGUGUGGGAGAGAACAUCCUAGAGCCAGUGCUGUGGGCAACCUUCGACGAGCUCUUCCGAAAAGAGUAUAUGCCCGAGCACUUCAUGGAGGAGAAGCGAGACGAGUUCAUGAAGUCCAGCGAGGGUGAACUUAAACUUCCUGAGUAUCGUCAGAAGUUCGGCGACCUGGCUGAGUUCGGCCGAGACCUGGGACCGACGAUGGAGAAGCGGUGCAAGCGCUUCAUGGAGGGACUACGCCCUGACCUGUCCUCUAGGCUGAUCAGUGCACCCAGGUACCACAUCAAUGCCAUGUACAAGCAGGCAUUGGAGCUUCAUGCAGCUCUACUCAGGAAGGCUGAGUACGAGCAUGCUCAGGCAACACUUCCUCGUCCACCCCCACCGCCUAGGACCGGUGUGAGUAGCAAGAGGCCUCCCUUCGUUCUGAGCAGUUCACACCUGGGCAAGAAGGCCAAGUCGGACCCUGCCCCGUGAUCAGCACCCACAUAGAAGAGUGGAAAGAGCCAGAGCGGAUACCGUUACCCAAUUUGCACCCUUUGCGGGAGAAGGUACCUUGGGAGUGUUGGUUCACUGAGGGUCUAUGCCUUGGGUGUGGACAGGCCGGACACUUCCAUAGGGAUUGUAAAACAAACCCUUCCGAGGCAUUCCCGACGGAACCCAUGGCAUCAGCCCCAGCCGCCCAGGCCGCACAGAGCCAGAAGUCAGUGGCAACGUCCAACAAACCCAAACAGUCGGCACCGAGUGCCCAGGCUGGGAAGGCUC